CCGGCCGCAGUCAGUCAGUAGUCAGUACAGUGCUGUAGCAGCCGUGAGUGAGCAUGAAGAAGGAAAUCUCUCAGCUGUUGGAUACACGAGGCAGUCUAGACAUGGACGGUGAAGGGGAAGAGUAUUGUACAGUCCGCCAUUUUUCUAUCUCUGGGAGGAAGGUGGUCAACAGAGGUGACUCUUUCAAGGUCAAAAGGUCAACCAGUGGUCACAGUGUCACAUCAAUGGAGUCAUCAGGGGGUGAGGUGGAUUCGCCCCCGCGCAGGUCGCCCGUGCCCCAGGCAACUCUGCAGGGUGCCUACGAGGUGGCCGUCAUCGGAGCGUCGUCUGUAGGCAAGAACUCACUCAUCUCUCAGUUCAUGACAUCCGAGUACCGCUAUCUACACGGCUUUGACCAGGGCAAUUGUGACGAUGAAGAGAGGACAGUAUCAGUGCUUCUUGAUGGGGAAGAAUCAGAACUUACAUUUACUCCAAUGAGGGACAACGUUGUCGAGGACAAGUCCAACUGGAGGUGGAUGCGUGGGUUGGUGGUCGUCUACUCCGUGACUGACAGGGCCAGUUUUGUCCGAGCACAGAGAGUACUGGAGACACUGGUCACUGCUGGGGCGGCAGAUGGCCGAGCGAUCAUACUAGUGGCCAACAAAAUAGACUUGGCUCGCUCACGUCUGGUCUCAGAACAGGAGGGUCGCAUCCUAGCUACAGCUUGUAACUGUAAGUACAGCGAGGUGAGUGUAGUCAUCAACCACAACGUAGACGAGUUGUUGGUAGGACUACUGGCGCAGAUUAGAUUCCGGACUGGAGCAGACAGAUCAGGACAAGAGCGGGGAAAACGGCGCAAAUACCGAGGAUCCAAAACUUCCGCGAGCUUCCGAGGACUUCUCAGCAAACUAAGGAUAGCCAAGAGCCAUUCUUGUCACAAACUCCAUGAGUUGUAACAGUUGUGGACAGUUGAAGUGUAGAGUGAAACUUUCAGUUUUAAGAGUCCAAUUUUUUUGGGACCAUGACUAUUAUUAAUGGUGGAUAUACUACAGGAAAUUAAAAUGACGAUGCAUCUUUUGGUGCAAGAAUUAGACUACAGAUCAUAUUGUUAAUGAUUACCAUUCGAUAACUCUUUGCUCUUCCUUGUGGUUUUCCCAGUUUUCAGAGUGAAGCAAAAUUUUAAUGUAUCACCGCUUUGGAUUUAGCUCUACUAAGAUGAGAUUUUGUAGUAUAUUUUAAUAUUAUACUAAUAGAUUACAACACAAGUAUAUUGUACUGAAGAUUUUUCUUUUAUUUGAACUGCAUCUACAAUCUAGUUGAAGUAGUAAUGAUUUAGUUUUCUUUGAAUUGGCGGUGAGUAAAAAAAGCCAUACAAUAAAAUAUAAAUGCAUGGAAGGGAUGGUUUGGAUAGUAUUUAUGGUGUUUUUCACGAUAGUUACACAACUUGAUUUAGAUUUUUUUUUUAUGUUAUCCAACUAAAUGCUAGAAUAUGGAAUUAAAAUAUUUUACUGACUCUCAUAGAGAGGAAAAUCCAUAUCUAUAUGAUAUGUAAAAAAUAUUGAAAUCUUCAACUAUAUUUACUACCUACCACUAUGUUACAAACAGCAUUUUAUUCGUGUUUAAUUCAUAUCAGCGUUUUAAAUAAAAAAAAAAAAAACUCAUGGAAUUUAUAAAAAAAUGACAUAGGCCUUACAAUAACAAAAAAAUUAAAAUAGAGUAGGCCCUACAGCAAGUGCAUUUUUCAUCCUAUUUUGGGAUAUUGGUAGUUAGAAAUUAUCUAUAUUAGGUUUAUUUUAUUUAUUAGUUGUCAAAUUUGUUAUUUUUUUAUUAUGUUCAUAUACUUUUAAGUUUUAACAGUUAUUCUUGGAUUGUGUUCAUUUGGUUUUAUAGUAUGUUUUUUAUAUAACUAUACAUACAAAAUGUUAUUUUGUUAAGUAUAACUUGUUACCCAAAGAAUUAUUUGUAGGCUUAUUAUUUUAAGACUGUAUCAAUGUUUAUAACUAAUUAAAACUGUAUUUUUGUUCAGAAUAACAAAGUUAGUCAAGCUAGUUUAAAAAUCUAGUUUAAAAAUAGCCACGUACAAUAUUAACAAAGUAGAGUUUUUUAUAUGUUAAGAUAUACAAGAUAAAACAAAAUUAGUAAGAUCAAUUUGGUAAGAAUAUGUGAAGAUGUCUAACUAAUGUCAUGUAAAAUAUAAGUUAAGUAUUUAUAUAUUUUGUACAUCACUUUUCUUGGGGCAGAAAAUAUUAAUUAUUUGAUAAUAAUAUUAAAUUAGAAAUAGCUUAAAAGUAUAACGUAUAACUAAACAUUUUAUCUUGUUGUUUGCUAACAGUUUGAUUACAAUGUUGCAAUAAUUAUUAGAAUUUACAUGAAUAAUAGAGUAUACGUUAAAUGAAAGAUUUGU